AUGCGGCCAAAACCCCUGGUUAAAAUUCAUUCUUCAAAAACAAAUGACAGCAGUGAAAAGGAUAAACAGUCUCAUUUAAACCCAACCAAAGAGCAGAAGACUUUACCAAAAGUUCUUUCUUUGGAACCAAAUGAAAAUGGCUUUAAAGUGAACAAGGAAUUAGUGACAAAACUACAUAAUAACCUCACUGGAAAGCAUUCAACAAACUCCCCAAAUUCAAACAUUGAAUUAAAAACUAAUAGCCAGGAAAACCUCGCCCAUUCCAAGGAUGAACCAAAUCCCACUGCCAAACAAGCAACAGCUAAUGUCCGACAGGAAGAACUGGUGAAAAUGAUGAAAUUACCUAGGCUGAGCCGUAAAGAAAAGAUGCACCUCAGUUCUUUGUUGCAGUCAUAUACAAAAUUGCAGAAUAAAAAACUGGCUGUUCCCAGACUCACAAUGCAACUUUCUGGGUUGUAUGACAGUAGUAGUCAGGAUAUAACAGAUGUGGGUGAGAUGUCGGAACUUCAACUGCCUGCAGGAAUGGAAGAACAAAUUGCCUAUCUGAUAAAACGCGAAAAUUUAGAAGCUGAUGACAAUACUGACAACCAAAAUACAAGGCUUUCUACCCACUCAGAGAAACUCGAGCCUCAAAAUACGAAAGGUAAAGUUUCAAGCACUGAGAAAGGAUCUGUCAGGAACAAGACUGUCUCUGAGAGCUCCCAAGCAGGUUCGUUAUCUGCACAGGAUAUAUCUAAUGCUAAAUCAGCUGAUCAGUGUUUGUCUGAUGCCAUAUCAUCACCUGUUGAAACCAUCUUGCCCCAGGAGAAUACUGUUACCAAUGAACCAGCAAAUAUCAAUUCAAAGCAAAAUAAUAUACAAUUGGAGAAUAAUUCCUCGUCUUGCACCACAUUGUCUAAUCCUUCUGAAAGUUUAACACAGACUAACUCCAGUGAUCCUGUGACUACUGGCACCCAAUCAAACUCUUCAGAAAAUAUACCCACUUCUAAUGAGAGUAAUUCUGAAAGCGUUUUCAGCAAAGUUUACUCGCUGACUCUUCGUGAAGAGCAAAUCCGUUCAUCUAUUGUAGAUACAAAUGAAAAGAUGAAUUAUCUGCGCAAGUUGAUUGAAGACUCGCAGAUGGCAUUGCAACGAUGCUGUGUUGAGCACAAACUGUUGCUUGAAGAAGAAAGCAAGAUACGUGAGCAGCGGUUAAAAAUUCUUCAGGAUGCUAUGAAUGUCAAGACUAGUAGUGUUGAUGCCAUGAAUUCCUCAUCACUCCAGCAGACCUCAACCCACCAAUCACAGGUGGCACCAAUACCAAAUUCUCAGCCGGCAUCAACCUCAUCCCAAACAAACUUAGCUUGGGGUUGGUCAUCUAUUUCACACCACCAGGAACCAUCGGAAACCACAAUACAGAACCAGCCUAGCCAACAGCCAAGCAAUUACUAUUCUGGAAUGUCAGGAAUGAUUUCAUCUGGGAACGGGAGCACUAACCAAACACAGGAAUCUUUGCCUUGUUCUUUAGAUCAUUCAUCUAACUUGUCGACAUUCCCGCUUCAGAUCCAAUCUUCUGUUCCUGCAAACCCUUUGCCUUGUGAUGAACCUUCAACCGUUGCUACUGUUUGCAGAAAUAAGGCAAGUAGACAAUGCCAGAAUAAUGGAGCCUCUCUUCCUCUUAAUAUGACUUCCUCUCACAGUGAUACUAACCCUACAGAUAACGGCUUUUCUGAGAACAGAAAUGCAGACGUAAAUUUUUGUGCAAAUGUUACCCAAAAUGGAGAACCCUCUCUAGGGCUUGGACAUGUUACAAUCAAACAAGAGCCACUUUCACCACCUCCAUCUCAGGAAAAUAUUGACAUGACUCUGUCCAGUUCUGAAGGCCUUGUUCACAACAACACUUGUGAUAAUAGAGUUCUUUCUACAAAACCCUUUUCUGAUGGUAGGCAGACUAAAAAUGCUACUGUUGAUGGUAUGUCAGACACACUUUCUGACAAUACUCGAAGGCUAGGACUUCUAUCGGCAUCUACUGAAAAUGAGUCUUUUGAAAGAGUCCAAAUAAAAAAGGAACGUCUAACACCUCCUCCUUCUCUAACUGAAACUCAAGAGUCUCACUCUGAACUGAAGUUAUCAUCUCUUGACAGUCAUAAAAAACAGCAAAGUGAAUCUCAGACAAAACACAAAUCUGGUUCAUUUCAGACAAAGCGUGCCAAAAAAAAAAUAAAUCGAUCUGAUCAACAAACUGAUGACGUUACUCCUGAUGACUCCCUGGAGAUGCCAAGAGGUGAUGAACCUAUUAACUCUGUGACUGACGAAGAUCUACGACCCACCCGAAGUAUGACUCCAGAAAUGCAACCUGUGAUCAAUUUUGAGUCAGUUCAAAUUAAAAAAGAACCCCUAACCCCACCCCCUCUGCAAGUUGAGGGUGAAGAAACUUUUUUUGUACCUCGAUUACUACCUGCUGACAACAGUGAAGAAAAUCCUGCCCUUCAAAAUCAGGCUGAACACCAAAUGGAAAUUGGAAAAACUGUUGAAAAUAUUUGUUCCCCUUCAUCACCAAGAAAUCCCUUAGAGUCUGAUAGCCAGAAUGAAAACACUGGAAAGUCGGGUGGCAUGUCGAUGACGUAUCUUGGUAGCAUGCCAAAUAAUUUUCUGGAACAACUGACACUCUCCUGGAAAAAGCAAAACAUGUCUGCUACAAUGAAAGAAUCUGUUGCUUCGAGUAACGAGCACAGCUUCAGUGACAGCGAAUCAACCUCAAGUCGUACUGUUUGCACUUUUAUUAAAAGAUCAUCCCCCAAAUUUUCUGUGCCAGCACGAAUGAACCCAAGGGUUUGUCUUGAACCUCUGAAUAUGAAGUUUCACAGAAAGCGAACCUUCUCUGAACCUGUUUCUGCCAGCGACUCUAGUUCGCUGUCCACAGGGAAUCUGGAGCAGAAGGAAUUUCCAGGGAAGGAGAAAUCUCUCGAAAAAUCAUCAUCUGUGCAAAAGUCGUCGGAAGAAGGAAGGUCGAAUUGUGAUGACAAAUUGGAUAUUGUCAAGGUGGAGGACUUUGAAAGUCCAGAAGUCAAACAAAAAAAUUUCAGAUCCCCUGAAAAGGAAUUUGGCUUCAAAGGGACCACAUCUGAAAAUCAAACGCAUCCUUCCACAGGGAAAAACGAGCCAGUUUCCUGUGCGGAUGUUACUGACCCUCUUCUAAAUAACAAAGAAGAUAAUAUGGAUCCUGACGUGAACGAUGUCGAUAAUAUCAAAGAAUUUACAAUCUGUAGUCCUGUUUCCACUGAGUCUUUGAUGAAGAGCAAGUCAGAUAUCAAACAAAACAGUCCCAUCAGAUCUUUAAAUGAGUCAAGUGCCACUUCUAAUGUGAUUCAGAGUGAAAUAAGCGGUGAUCCCAAAUUUCCUUCCGACCCCUUAAACAUUUUAAAUAGUCUCAGUUCACUGCAUGUUGUCCGUACUAAAAAAUUUCCACGCAGACAUGUUGACAGAAACCAACUACCUACCUACAAAGGUGCCAAUAGUCCCGUGAAUGGUUUGUAUAUUUUUGAAAACCAGCUUUAUGCAUCGUACCAAGGGAAUUCACCUUGUAAAUUUUCUAUCGGCAGUGGGGAACGCUUGCAGGUUUAUAACUGCAAUCCAUUCAAUGUUCAGUGCAUGCUUGUGUGUAGAAUUAGCUCGAAUAAAAUCCGUCUCUUCUCUGGAGGGGCCAGUGAGUUGCUGAUCGUGUUUGAUGAAGAAACAGGUGAGCUCUGCUCGAAAAUUGACACUUACAAAAAAAUCUAUUCCCUCCAUGAAAACUGGGGGAAUUUAUUUGUUGGCCUGGCUGAUGGUGGGGUGACUAAGCUCAAUUUGAAAUCAUUAAGAAAGACCAGUGAGUUAUCCUAUGGCUCCAAACCAAUUAAUUGCCUUGCCACCUGUACAGAAGGUGCACAAAAACUUCUCUGUGUCGGGGCUUACGAUGCGUCAAUCCUCAUCGUGGAUGCAAUGACGGGGCUUCUUUUAAAAACGUUGAACUGCUAUCACCGUCUACUUUACUCGAUAAAAGUUCAUCACAGUCUUAUUUUUAGCUGCUCGAGUGACAAAACUCUUCAGGUGCAUGAUAUCACAUCGGGGAAGCUUCUCCGAUGCCUCCAAGAUCAUGCAUCAACAAUUUCAUGCCUCCAUGUUGAAGAUGACCUCCUUGUAACAGGCAGUCAUGACAAACGGUUAAAUAUCUACAAUUCGAGCAACCCCCGGGAGGCCCCAGUCAUUUUCUACACUGCCAGCAAGGAACCCAUUUCCUGCCUUGCUGUUCAUAACAGGGUCGUUUACUGUGGCAAUUUCUUUGGUCAUAUAGAAACUAUUCAGUUUGACACUGGCCAAAAAUGGAGCUGUAAAUAUGAUUCGUGUGAGAUGACAUUUGGUCAGCGGCAAGGGCUUUUCUAUCAUUUGGUCAACCAGCAUUUGCAGAUGACUGGCCUGAACAAAAAAAAAUGUCUUUGGCAAAAUUGUGAACAAUAUAUCUAUUCAGUAUUGGACAUUACGGAACAUUGUGAAAAUCAUAUCAACAAGAUUCAUCACCCAGAAUAA